AUGGUGGGUCUACUAAAAAGUCACCCCGUGGGAUUAGAUCCCAGUAUAAUCCAAAGAUUGGAUUCACUCUCUGAAUUGAGUGGGUACCUCUCAGUUUCAUUUUGGCUCUUUGCUCAGCUUCCGCAAGUGAUCAAAAACCAUAAAGAUAAAUCGGUUGAUGGCUUUUCACUUGGAUUUCUCCUAUGUUGGUUUGCAGGAGACUUUCUCAACCUCAUCAGCUGCCUAAUGAAUAAUGCCAUGAUGUUUCAGAUCCUGCUAAGCGGAUAUUAUUGUCUGAUUGACAUAAUAUUAGCAUUUCAAUAUUAUUAUUAUAAACGCAUGUAUCAUAAUCCUAAUUCCAAAUGGUACCAUCGACCGAAAAAACAUAUCCAUUCGCCACGAACUUCACUCCGAGACAAUUUGGCAAAUUAUGGGUCAAUAGAUGCGGAAAUCGGACAACCUCAAGCACGUCCUCCCACUGGGAGUCGAGUCAAGGGUAUCUUUAAAAAUCAACAAAGCUUUGGAAUGACUCGGUUGAUUAGUACCGCCAUUGUUGGCAGUUUACCCAAGGUGAAUGGGAUACCCAUUCAAGUUAUUACAUAUGAGAAAAAAGAGAAUAAUUCUUUCAUUUACCGAUUGCUUUAUCUGAUACUGCAUUUGGACUAUAAUAUGGGGAAAGUCCUUGCGUGGUUGUGCACACUUCUCUAUUUGACAUCUAGAUUUCCCCAAUUGUGGACAAAUUAUACAUUGAAGACGACAAAAGGGGUAUCACUGAAAUUGAUCACUUUUGCAUUGUUUGGGAACUUAUUCUAUUCAAUGUCUCUACUAUUAUCUGAGAAUUCAUUGAGAGGCGGGGAAGAAUCAAAGGAGUUUUGGAAGGCCGAAUUGAGUUACUUUUUAGGGGCAAUCGGAACAGUAUUGUUUGAUUUUAUUGCAAUUUUACAAUGGAUUCAUUAUGACAGCCACAGUAAUCGUACCAAUCAUAUCCAAUCUGUGAGGUUGAAAGCUUACACCCCUAAAUCAUUAAAAAGCCAGACAAUUCCCAAAUCGGUGCCAUUGAUACAUUCACGUACAUCCUCCAUGAGAGAUGGUACAAAGAUAGAUCCCAUCGAAAUGGCGGCUAGCGUCAAGUCAACAUUGUCACCCCAGAAUGUACGCAAACUCAAUGAGUUCACACCAUUGUCUCCUAUGGAUUUAUUGCUAGAUGAACAUAUUUCACGCAGUUAUGUUUCCUCUACUGAUACAAAAACUAUACCUCAGAAGAAGAGACCUGAUAGUAUCAAGUCUUUACACAGGCACAACGAGGACCUGUUAAUGACAUUCGAAGAAUAG